CUCGACUGAAACACUAUUCCAGCUUCCAAAAACUCAUUUUUCUCUGCUCCGGCUCCGUACUAGCCAUUGUGCAAGAUAUGGCCGUCCUAUUUCAGACCUUCCCUUGGCCGCUAUCAUGACCGCAGCGGUACAGCCUCAUCCCACUGCGCGCACAGCCAGAGCCAACUUCGAUCCAUCGACUGAACUCCCCAUUGCCGACCUUUUCCCAUCGCAAACAGGUCCCGAUGCCCACAUUCUCGCACAGGUUGCUCUCGUAUGGCCCUAUUCUAGCUCAACGGGAACAUUCGCCCUGCUGUUAGCUGAUCCUGACAUUCGCCGACGGAAAUCCAAGGGUCAGGUCAAAGUCGUAUUCCGCAAUGGGUGUGCAAAGGAAGUCGCAAAGACAAAAGUGGGCAUUGGGGACACCAUAAAGCUUGCAUUAGUAGGAUGUGAGUGGAAAGAGACGGGUGAUGUGGUUUCUACCCCGGGCAAGAAAAUAAACUGGGAUCUGGAGUACAAUACGCGUGUCCUGCUGGAGGUGCUUCGAAGUAACCAAGAGGCAACUACAGUUGACUUCACCGGAAAAGAGACCGACUCUUCAGCUACACACGGAUAUCUUACCUAUCUCAAUGGCAAAGACCACGAACAGCCUGUGCUGCACGGUGUGCUUCAUCAUCAGUCAAGCACAAUCCAUGUACCAUACCUAACGCCCAGAAAAGCAGCCGGAAACCAUCCCGCGGGAACUUUUAUCGAUACUGCCCUGGAAUAUCUAGCAGAGAACGAUGGCUAUGUUUUGGGUCGAGGUCGAAAGCGUACCAAAUUCGCCAGAAACAGCGGAGCAUGGAGUUUCGUCGAUCUAGAGGCGGAAAACCAGCCGGCAGAGCCCAGGAAAGUUGAGGUGGACAAUGCAGAUGCUGCGCAGUGUCAGAGUCCCCAAGCUAAAGAAGUUGCUCUGGCUCCAGGACCAGCUGCCCUUGACAGGGAGGAUCAAAUCGAACACCAGAUCCUCGCCGAGGUCUCGAAAGAGGUUGUACAGCCAACAUCCACGGUUCAGGUAACUGAAGAAGACAUAGUCGACGUCUCCAGCUCAGUCUCGCCUACUGAAUUCAUACCUCCUCCUAUUGUGACUCAGCCACUGGUGAUGGGCCCGCCUCAGACACCACGCAGAGCCUCUCCCCCUCGACAACCAGCGAUAGACAAUACAGAUGAUUCCAACACCAGCGAUGGCUCAGAAGCUGCGACCACACCGCGACUGCUACCUAUACCAUCUCCUGGUCUCCCUCUAGUGUCUCCGUUAGUCCAUCGUUCAGGGGUUGAGAUCGGAUAUUUUCCGCCAUUUGACAUGAGUAUAUCACAUUUGGAUGCGGCUGCUAUUCCAGGGGCAGAGAUCAUUGAUUUGGCCGAUCGCCCGUCGCCACACUCUGAUGGGUCGCCCGUUGUUAUAGUGGGCGCAUCAACAUCAGAGGCAGCAGCCAACGGUUUCGAGGCUGGGGACAUUGCACAUGGAGAUACUGUGCUCGUAUCUCACGAAUCCGAAGUAGCACUCGAGGAUCAGGAGAGCACAAAGAAAACUGCGUAUGAAGCGCCGCAAUGGCUUUCAUCACUGGAAUCCAGUAUUGAUCGAGAGCUUCUUCUUUCGCAAGACCAGUCAGCCUCUCACAGUGUGUCCCAGCACGCUUCUCAAGCUUUCGAGGUUGAGGAUGAUGAUCUCUACGGCGCUCCUGUUGAAGUACCGAAAGCCAACCAUUCAGUUGCAACAUCACCUUCAGUUGAACGCCCGAAGAGCCCGCUGGAUGUCCUUGAACAGUUUUUACAAAUUCCGCCAACUACGGCUCUUGGCUUUUCUCUCCCCCUUGAAUCAGAUGGCGAACAUAAUAGGCCAAAUACACCUCUGGAGCAGGAUGCGCCUGAGGGUAUGUCCAUAGACACUCCGCAGGAAAGGGUGGAGGUGUCCGCAAACUUGAAACGGUCCCACAGCACGUAUCCAGAACCACAGUCGCCAUUUAGGCAGAACCAACAACAUCAAGCGAGUCCUGUCAAUUCUACUCGCCCUCCUUCAAGUCAGGCCUCACGACCACAAUCACUCGACGGACACAUGGACGAGCGAGAGCGCUUCCAGGAAUAUAUCGAUCAUCUUGCUCAAUUUUCUGCAAAUUCAGAAUCCUCAAAGCAGCUUGUACCAGAUAGCGAGUCUUCUCACGGCAACUUUCGAAGUGAGACACACCUGAAAACCGAUGUAUCAGUGACAACCACGAAAGUUGAUGAGGCGGCCCAUGUCGACUCUUCCGGACAUGUUACAGAAGUGGUGAAGCAGGCGACAGACCAGUCACUGGAGGCAAAAGAAGCCAAAGAAGAACCACAACAUCCUUCUGCUAUUACAGCAGAAGAGGAGAUCAAGACUGUGUCUACUCUAUCCGAACAUGUCUACACACACGAGCCUCAUGCACAGCUACCAACUCCGGUCCAGUCCCAACUGCACAGUUCGUCAACUGAGCCUGAAACGCCAAAACCCGUCCAGGAGCUGACCCAGGUUAGCUUUCUAUCUCCCCGUCAUACACAAGAAGAGUUCGACGGAGACUCGCAGGAACCUGCACUUCCCGCGCGGAAUGAAAUGAUCGAAGUCUCAAUUGAGGAUUCAGUGACAGUGAAGACCAUACGAAGCAAAGCGAGGCUAAGUGAGCAAGAGGAAGGAGCUGACGGCAGUCAAAAAAGCCCAUCGCAAACGACUCAGAAGGAACCACCCGCCGAAAACGAGCCUCCCGCACAACCCUCCAGGGUAAGCACGAGUCCUACAAUUGCCAGGCCUAUCUCCAUGUUGCAACCAGAUACAGCUACAUCUCGUAGAAGCUCUCAACGAUUGUCAGCAAGAAAGCCUACCAUGACACCGAACUUAUCUAGUCCGUAUUUUACACCUCGCAAAUCCACUCGACAACUUUCCUCAUCACCACCCCGCAAAGAAAACAUAAAUCCCAGUGGAGACGACACCACUCUUGUGCCGUUGCCAACGCAGAAGCAAGUCGAACUACCUCUUGCAUCCACUGCGCUCCAAGAGUCCGAACAGUCUUUUAUUGAUGCCACACCUGUUUCCCCGAAUCUUACGACGAGUGGAUCGGUAUUCAGCAGAGACACGGGCACUACAACGCCACUUGCGUACUUCCCUCACCUGCGGUCGCUGCCUGAACAGUUCGGCCACCUAGUAGACGUCAUCGCCGUAUGUACAGAUUCUUUGCCGGAACCAGAACAGUCGAAAACAGGACGAAAGGACUACCACACUGCGCUACAACUCACGGAUCCUUCGAUUGCCUCUGAGAGGCAUUCAGCCAUAGGUGUUCAAGUAUUUCGACCUGUUCGGACGUCACUUCCCACAGCUCUUCGCGGCGACGUAGUCAUUCUUCGGAACUUCAAGGUCCAGCCUUUCCAAAGACAGUUCAUCCUAUUGAGCACUGACACGUCUUCGUGGGCAGUGUUUAAAGCCACAACCGGCGCGACCGUGAGACAAUCAGAGGUGGUCAUUUCGGGCCCGCCCCUAGAGUUUGGAAGCGCCGAAACAAGCCAGGCCGGGCUUUUGUUUGACUGGUGGAACAAGAGCGGAAAAGCACUGUUCAAUGUCGAGCCUCCAGAAGUCGAAAACGGUUCGCCAAACCUUCUGCGUAGUUCUCCCAGACUCAAAGAAAGACCACAACCCAAUUACAAUAUCACACCUCCCAGCCGCCGCCGAAAAGCCGCCACAAGCGACGGCGAUGGCAAAGGAGGCGAAAACGUCGAAACCUUGGGACAACUGACGGCAGGAUCUCAAGCGAGCGGCAACAAACGAAUUUCUACUAGCAGUGAUAGAAACGAGGUCUCCCCGCAACAAGCCGACUCGGCUGGAAGCUUUUACGAUGAGAAUGACACAAUAAUUGUCACUGCACGCCCAUUGAAUCGUCGACGGGCCAACAGGACCGACAACAUUGGCAACGAUGGAGAUGAAGACGUGGCUAUGGUUGGUGAUGACUGGGAACAAAGCACCCCUCUUUCCGACAAGACCAACCGACGCAGAGAAUCCACCAUUUCCACAGCCCCUUCAGAACCUGGCAGAUCAUUCACUCCACGACGAAGUGCGAGGCUUCAGAAGUCUCCCAGCCUUGUGCACGAGCUGCGGGACGGGACCAAGUAUGUGGAUGACAACCGAAGGAGGAGUGCCAGUGUUGUACACGAACUGAGGGACGGGGCGUCUUAUGUGGAUGAAUAGGACAAUAAGUUCGCCCACACCGUUAACGCAAUAUGAACUAGCCACGGAGAAUAUGUUCAGCCGCUGAGUCUGAUGGUCUUCUGCACCAAAGCGUCGCCGUUGAAGACUCUCGAUGUCGCAGACCUUACGGCUGCCUUGUCUUGAUACAUAAUUUUCAGUCUCAUUGAGGCAUAUGAUACGCUGUUCAUGUACACCUUU